AAUAUUAAAGUGUCUCUUUUGUUUUGAGUAGUAUUAAGACGCACUCCGCCGUGACGUCACAGAGGGACACUCCACGCGACAAGUGGAGACAAGAUGGCGCUCGCAGUUGUGCCCCAGAAGUAAUCAGCACUUGACGAAAAACAGAUUACCCAUCAUGCCUUGGGAGGUGCUAGAUUCACCGCUGGCUGCCAUCACCAUGGUGAUGUGAAGAGGGCCGUGACUCAGUGUGAUGGACAGGUGUAAGCACGUGGGUCGUUUAAGGCUCGCGCAGGACCACUCCAUCCUGAACCCGCAGAAAUGGCACUGCGUGGACUGCAACACCACCGAGUCAGUGUGGGCCUGUCUCAGCUGCUCGCACGUAGCCUGUGGACGCUACAUCGAGGAGCAUGCACUUCAGCACUUUAAGGAGCAGCACCACUCCCUGGCCCUGGAGGUGAAUGAUUUGUAUGUGUACUGCUACCUGUGUGAUGACUACGUACUGAACGAUAAUGCGACGGGUGACUUGAAGCUGCUGCGUAGCACACUAAGUGCGAUUAAGAGCCAGUGCUAUGAAGUCACCACACGCAGUGGGCGCACACUGCGCUCUUCCUCUGCCACCGGAGAGCAGCCGUCGCUCAGCGCGCAGGAGUUGCAGUUGCGUCACGAGGACCGCAUGUUCACAGCACUGUGGCAUCGCCGACGCGCCCUGAUCGGCCGCGUGUUCCGCUUGUGGUUCGCUCAAACGGAACGGGGGAAGAAGCGACUGGAGGAGGAGCAACAACGGGAGGAAGAGGAGGAGCGGAAGAGGGAGGUGAGGGAGAGGAGGCGGCAACUCAAACGGCAACUCAGGGAGGAGCAGGAAAGCGCUCCUCCAAGAAAGAGCCAUCGUAUUCGGCGGCAGAGUCUAAAAGCUGCUGUUGUGGCUACGACGCCAUCGUCGGCCAAUAGCGUAAAAUCUAUAAAGCGUAGGUCUGCUCCUGCUCACAUCUCCACUCCGACUCAACGAACAAAUGUCAGAACGCUUCAAAGGAGGCCCCGUACACCUGUUAAGGCCAAACGGCCCCGUGCCCCAUUUCCGAAAGUGGGCGAUUCUCCAAUCAAACGGCGUCCCACUGUCACGCCGGGAGUUACGGGGUUGCGCAACCUCGGAAAUACAUGCUACAUGAACUCUAUACUGCAGGUUCUGAGUCACUUGCAUGUAUUCCGGGAGUGUUUUUUGAGACUGGAUCUGAACCAAGCACUGGAGUUGCUAGCUUCCGCGGUCAGCCGCAAGUUGGGACUCUCCGCUCAGCACGUGAUCCAACCGAAAGGCUCCAACCUGGGGUCUGGGCUCAGUGGUGGUGCGUCCCGCUCACGCAACAUGGAGCUAAUCCAACCCAAGGAGCCCAGCUCCAAACACAUCUCGCUUUGUCACGAGUUACACACGCUAUUCCAGGUGAUGUGGUCGGGUAAGUGGGCCCUGGUGUCUCCGUUUGCAAUGCUGCACUCCGUGUGGCAGCUUAUCCCAGCGUUUCGCGGAUAUGCACAGCAGGAUGCGCAGGAAUUUCUUUGUGAACUCUUAGAUAAAGUACAGCAUGAGCUGGAACGGACUAGGACACUAACGCCUGCCACUGUCCCGGCCAAUCAGAGACGGUUGAUUAAACAGGUGCUCAGCGUGGUCAACACCAUCUUUCACGGCCAGCUGCUUAGCCAGGUGAGGUGUUUGGCAUGUGAUCAUCGCUCAAACACAAUAGAGCCCUUUUGGGAUCUUUCGUUAGAGUUCCCAGAGCGUUACCACAGCAACAGUAAGGAUGCCGCACCGGUUCCGUGUGGUUUGACAGAGAUGUUGGCCAAGUUUACAGAGACGGAGGCUUUGGAGGGAGCCAUAUAUGCCUGUGACCACUGUAACAGCAAACGACGGCGAUUCUGUUCAAAGCAGGUGGUCUUAACGGAAGCUCAGAAACAGUUGAUGGUUCACAAACUGCCUCAUGUUCUCAGACUGCAUCUUAAACGCUUCAGGUGGUCUGGGCGAAACCACAGGGAGAAGAUUGGCGUUCACGUUCAGUUCGAGCAGGAGCUCAACAUGGAGCCAUACUGCUGCAAAGACUCCAGUAACUCACUCCACCCUCAACACUUCCUCUACCAGCUCUCUGCUGUCGUCAUGCAUCAUGGAAAGGGAUUCGGCUCGGGCCACUACACUGCCUAUUGUUAUAAUACAGAAGGAGGGUUUUGGGUGCACUGUAACGACUCUAAACUGAGUGUGUGCGCUGUGGAGGAAGUGUGUAAAGCCCAGGCCUACAUUCUCUUCUACACACAGCAAAGCUCUCAGGACAAAAUCAAAGCCAGUGACCUCUGACCCUUGCUGAGCAGCCCUCCAGCCACAGAGACUGUGUUUUUAUGUACAUUCUGUUGAUGUAGGUUUUAAAACCGUUAGCGUGCGUCUUCUCUAGUGUACAGCAGUUGUGAAGUGUGUUUUUGUUGCGCACACUCAAGCCUUACAGUGAUAUGACUGACAGACUUUGGUAGGAGGACGUGAUUGUAGCGUGUGUAUGUGCAGGAUACAUGAAGAGAGUGAUAUUUGUCCAAACCAGAAGCAUUAUUGCAUCUCUCUCUUAAGUGUGUCCUUUUAAAAACUGAAUGUUGUCCACAAACCAAAGUUGAUUGAGUUGUAUAUGUGUGAACAGUCCUGAAAUGUCCAUAGCGUCCAUAUGAAAGAAAGUUUAAGAAACCGAUCUGUAAGAAAAUGAGGUUUUCUCUCUUCAUAUCACUGUACAUGUGUUUCCAUAUCUCUAUACCUCUUUUGAAAGUGUCCAGCAGCCAUGUCAAACCAGUUUAAGAUUGACUUCCAACACAAUUCAAACAAUUCAGGAAUUUUUGUCACCUUUUCAGAAUGUAGUUUUAUACCUGGUAUUUGGGUGAACAUUUUCUUUUUCUAUUUUACAGAAAAAUGAAGAAAAAACAAACAAAUAAUAAUAAUCACCAGCGAAAGACACAUUGUUGUAUGUUCUCCCCAUGUCAGUGUGUGUAGUUGGGUGUGUGAUGUUGUGCGACUCACACACACAUCAUAUGGAGUCUCCAUCUCUCGUUUGUUGUUCUAAACCAUUUUCCGCUUUCGAGCAGGUAUAGAUGUAAAACUAUGCAAAUUGUUACCUCAGUUCAUAGAGAAAUUUACCUCAAUAAAAGGAGAAUAUUUUUGCAUUUUUCUAAACGGCUUGUGGGCUGAUUUUUUUUUUUUUUUUUUACAGAUGAUUUUAAAACUUGAAAUUGCCGAAAGGGAUUUGUAAAAUGUUAACAGUCUGCUAAG